GAAUUUGACAGUUAUACAAAUCAAUACACGUGUUGUCCGCAUUUUAAACAAGUUAAGUAAUUUUGUGUAAUUUACGUAUAUUUAAAAUUUCUAACGAGUGAACAAAGAUGCCGAAAUCAAAAAGGGAUAAAAAAAUUUCUUUAACAAAAACAGACAAAAAAGGAUUGGCUCUUAAACAGAAAAUAGCUGAAGAUGUUAAAAAUUGUGUGGAGAAGUUUAAUAGUGUUUACGUGUUCACUUACAAAAAUAUACGAAAUGAUAAAAUGAAAGAAAUUCGCGAACAGUGGAAGCCAAGUAAGUUUUUCUUUGGAAAAAUUAAAAUUCUUCAGAUUGGUUUGGGCAGGACAGAGGAGGAAGAAGUAGAAGAAGGUCUACAUAAGUUCUCAAAAUGCCUAAAAGGACAGUGUGCAUUGUUUUUUACUGAUAGACCAGAAAAAGAAGUAAAAGAUUGGUUUAAUGAUUUUUCAUAUGAUGGUUUUGCUCGUUCUGGAUUUAAAGUUAAAGAAAGUAUAUCAUUAGAAGCUGGACCUUUGGAUCAGUUUGCACAUUCAAUGGAACCAUAUUUAAGACAGUUGGGAUUGCCAACAAAACUAGAUAAAGGUAUUGUUACUUUAAUAAAAGAUUAUGAUAUAUGUAAAGAGGGAAAUGUUUUGACACCAGAACAAGCAAAAAUAUUAGAAUUGUUAGGAUACAGGUUAGCCACUUUUACUUUGGAUUUAAUGGCUAGUUGGCACAAAGAUAAAGGAUUGGAAACAUACAAAGUCAAUAAAGAAGAGGUGAGCAAAGAAAGUGAUGAAGAAAUGGAAGAUGAAUAGUUAAUUAUUUUUUAUUUAUUAAGUGUAAGGAUAAGUGAAUGUUAAUAAAUAUAGUUUUUAUGUAAAAAAAGAUAUUUUGUUAAUAUUUUAUGCCCUAUAAAUUGAUGGAAGAACUGAUUAUUGUAUUAAAUUGAGUCUGAGGCUUAAAAAUACUGUAAUUUUAUUACAAAAAUUUAAAUGUU